AUGGAGAUCUCAGAGAAGAAGAAGGAAGCAGAAAACAAUAAUAAUGCACGAACAGCGACAGUUGAUUCAUCAACAACAACUGAUAUUAUCGAUAAAGAAGCCGAAGAACGCCAAGCACGCGAACUUAAAGCUGGUUUGCAUCCUCUCAAGCACAAGUUUGUAUUUUGGUACACUCGUCGAACUCCAGGAGUUCGAACACAGUCAUCAUAUGAGGACAAUAUAAAGAAAAUUGCGGAGUUCAGUACUGUUGAAGGUUUUUGGGUCUGCUAUUGCCACUUGGCUCGACCUUCUUUAUUGCCAAGCCCGACUGAUCUUCAUCUUUUCAAGGAAGGAAUCCGCCCUCUGUGGGAGGACUCUGCUAACUGCAAUGGCGGCAAGUGGAUAAUAAGAUUGAAGAAGGUUGUCUCUGGUCGCUUUUGGGAGGAUCUGGUUCUUGCCCUGGUUGGUGAUCAACUUGAUUACAGUGAUGACAUAUGCGGGGCAGUGCUAAGCAUUCGUUUCAAUGAGGAUAUACUUAGCGUGUGGAAUCGCAAUGCAUCAGAUCGUCAUUGCGUGAUGGCUUUAAGAGAUGCAAUUAAAAGGCACUUGAAGCUUCCCCACAGCUAUGUUAUGGAUUACAAGCCCCAUGAUGCUUCUCUGCGUGACAACUCAUCAUACCGAAACACAUGGUUGAGAGGGUAG